AUGGUGCUCAACCGCCAGUACCGUAAUCUGAAGCAGGGCGAUCUCUCCGUCACCGAGUAUGCACGUCGCCUGAAGCUGCUCACCGACGGUCUCGCCGACAUCGACCACGCCGUCAAAGAGGUGGAUCUCACCACCCAAUUCCUUCAUGGACUCGACAAGCCGCUCGACACCAUCCCUGUCGUCCUCGGCGACCAGGCGUCCACCAUGCCCUUCGACACCGUCCUCUCCCAUGUCGUCCUGGCGGAGGAGUCCCGGGACCAGCGCGCCGCUGAGGAGAGCACCUUGGCGUUCGCUCUCCCUGGCGCCUCUCUUUCCGGUGGCGAUCCCUCUGGAUCGGGCACGCGCUCUCAGGGUGAUCGCAGCGACCGCUCGGGAGAUCGCGGCUCCGAUCGCUCCCAGGCUCCGCCUCCGCCUCCGCAGCAGCCCCGCGGCCAUGGUGACCGCGGUGACGGUGCCGACCGUGGCCAUGGGCGCGGGCGUGGCCGCCACGACUCUGGUGGCCGCGGCCCACUGUCGCAACCCGCCCCGUUCACGGGCUACUUCACUCCAUACGGGAUGGCGCUCCCUCUGCCUCGACCUGGAUGGGUGCCGCCCAACUCCGCCGGGGUUCUCGGCCCCCGGCCCGGCUCUCAUGCCCACGCCUACCCGAUGUAUCAGCCGGCGCCUCCUCCGUCAUCACCGUACUACCCGCCUGCACCGCCUUCUUGGGAGCACCUCGCCAUGUUGAACGCCGCCUACAGCAACGGCGGCCUCCCCUCCACUCUGUCGACGGAUUGGUACCUCGACAGUGGCGCCUCCUCCCACAUCACCGGCAAUCCAGGAUCUUCGAACGCGGCGGGUUCUCAUGAUCUCCAUUAG